UAAGUGAGACCUUGAAGCUUGAAUGGGUAACGAAGCUCUCCAAGGAGAUUGCUCAACUAUGACGCUCAUCCCAUUUACUUUUACUUAUACUUUAUUUGCCCUCUUCUAUUCUGCUAUCUUCAUACCUAACUUCAGCCGAGAUUCAGUUGCCUCUUAGCUGAUUUCUAGAUAUUAGCUUCGUUAACUAAUUGAUCAACGACUUACAAGUCAACCGGCCAUUGUUUAAAAUGCAGACCCGAAGCUAUCGCGGUAUUUCUACAUGGCAGUUAUUAGUCACUGGCCUCGCAUUGAGCAAUUCCGGCCUCGCUGUUCCCGUAGACGACAGCCCUCGCCGGUAUCUCGCAGCUGGUCUUGAUCUACCGCCGAAAUAUAGCAAAAGGCCAAAGCCACCUUAUACUCCCGACUACAGGGAUCCCUAUGACCAUGCCGUCGAUGCUAUAGGCGAAAAGUUAGAUCCGCUCCCCUACCGCAAUGGACUAGGAGCGUCUGUUCUCGGUCCCUGGAACCGAGAGAGGUCACGUCAGUCUCCGGAUUUAGUGCGACCGCCUAGUACGGAUCACGGAAAUAUACAAAAUCUGCGCUGGAGUUUUGCUGAUUCUCAUAUACGCAUUGAGGAAGGGGGGUGGACAAGGCAAACCACCGUCCGCGAACUAGGCGCUAGUGUCGAACUGGCUGCUGUGAACAUGCGCCUUGACAAGGGUGUAAUCCGCGAGUUGCACUGGCAUAAAGAAGCCGAAUGGGCAUUCGUCCUAGAUGGCGAAGUUCGUGUCACUGCUAUCGACUACGAAGGUGGCAACUUCAUAGACGACCUCAAGAGAGGCGACCUGUGGUAUUUCCCAAGCGGCGUACCCCAUUCCCUUCAAGGACUCGGCGACAACGGUACAGAAUUCCUCUUGAUCUUUGACGAUGGAAACUUCUCUGAGGAAUCUACCUUCAUUAUAUCUGACUGGUUAGCGCAUACUCCCAAGUCGGUGAUCUCGAAGAAUUUCAACCUGGCACCCGAAGUGUUCAAGCACCUCCCCGAAGGAGAGAAGUACAUUUUCCAGGGCCGUGAGCCAGGUUCAAUCGACGAUGAGAAGCCCACAGGUAAAAAUGUCAAGAAAUCCAAGUACAACUUCGUUCAUAGGAUGCUUGAUCAGGAACCCCAUAAAACUAGUGGUGGUGAUGUCCGGAUUACAGAUUCGAAGAACUUUGAGAUUUCAAAAACCGUGGCAGCAGCCCACGUCACUAUCGAGCCCGGCGCCAUACGCGAGAUGCACUGGCAUCCCAACGCUGACGAGUGGAGCUUCUUUAUUAAAGGUCGAGCACGAGUUACUGUCUUCGCCGCCGAGGGAACGGCUCGAACCUUCGAUUAUGUACAGGGCGACGUCGGCAUCGUGCCCGCAAACAAUGGUCAUUUCGUCGAGAACAUCGGUGACGAGCCUAUCGAGAUGCUAGAGGUUUUCCGUGCGGAUGAAUUUAGAGACUUCUCUCUCUUCCAGUGGCUGGGCGAGACACCUAAGAAGAUGGUCGUCGAUCAUUUAUUCAAGGACGACCCAGAGAACGGUGAAAUCUUCUGGAACAGGAUCAAGAGCGCAGAGAAGGAUGAAGUUACUCUUCCUGGUUCUGACAAUCAAGUAAUGCCGGAAGAACGCGAGUUGUAAAUUUGCUUUCAAUGUUUAGUCUCGACGUCUAAUGAUCAGUUCUACAAGGUUAUUCUGUAUUCCAAACCACCUGUAUUAUUUCUCAGAUAUUUAUUAGUAUUAGUUAGCUUGAAUAUUUAGCGAUAUUAGAAAAUAAUGCGCUGAAAG